AGAAAAAUGUUUGCUCUACAAAAUGCAUUUGUUAAAAGAUUUCCAAAAUCAUUUCUAAGAAAACUUAGAACAUUCUAAAAUGCAUUUUUCAUGAUUUUGUGCAUUUUAGAAUGUUCUAAGUUUUCUUAGAAAUGAUUUUGGAAAUCUUUUAACAAAUGCAUUUUGUAGAGCAAACAUUUUUCCACAAAAUGAGAUAUUUCACGGCUCUGAGCGAAUCGUGAUGACUGAUGUAUAGCAAUUCUUCUGGAUGCCCCGACACCAGUUAAAAACUGGUAUAUACUUACCUGUGGCACUGGUUUUUCUUGAAAACCUGAAAUGUUGGAUUUCAACUUGAAAUUUUGAACAAAUAAGGUCUCUACUAGACUAGUCUCUGUAAAAAGUUUCACAAUUCUCGAAUGUGUAUUCAUUUGUGCAAAGUUUCAAGUUGAAAUUCAACAUUUCAGGUUUUCAAGAAAAACCAGUGCCCUAGGAGAAAAUCUACUUGCAACUCAAAUAUCUCGGAAACGAAGGACCAUGGGCACGAAUGCUUUUAGAGUUUUCUUAGUCUCAACAAGGUCUAUCAACGGCCAAAUUACGGGGUCGAAAGCGCUGGAUCAGUUGGGAUAGUUCUCUCGGAAGUUCGAGAUAGUUAUUUCACGAUGCGAUUUCACUGUGUCUUUACAUAAUUGACAAAGAAUUGUUUCAAUAUUUCACCGUAUAUCUGUCUGUCUUUAGGUCAAAUCGAAAAAAAUCGAAUUCGAACUUGAUCCCCUUCUCUGAAGCAAAAAGUCUUUCCACCGCGUUGUAUGCGAACAAUAUUAAAACUAGAUUUUCGUAUUUAGUUUUUCAUACUGAAUGGGCAACACUUGUCUCCGAAACUUGAAAAAGAGGCCGGCAUUUAAAGAAAUUAACUUUUUCGAAAGUUCAGGGAAAAAGUGAGAUAUUUACUUGAAUAAAAACUGGUUAGCUUCUCAGAGGGCUGAGAAUUUUUUUCUAAGAGAUAUUUGUUUGAAUAUACAGAUGUGCUGUGUCAUCUUCUCUUAUGUUGAAGUUUCUAUUUGAAUUUACUAAACAUUGCGUUUUACUUCUUCUACAUAGCAGCUGGAGGUGCACACGCACACGAGCCGACAAAAUCCUCUGGAGUCACAGUCACCCAUCCUCAUCCUAAAGCACAUGCACACACGGAUACACAUGGAAAAACAGCAACGCAUAGUCAUUCAGGUGUGCAUGUGAAAGCUGCUACGCAUGGCUUACGUCGAAAAUCUGAUGCUCACGAGCCACAAGCGGAUACUCACGGCAAAGCUGAGCAUGAACAAGAUGAAACUGGCAAAGCUGAGCAUGAACAAGAUGAACCAGGUAAAGCUGAGCUUGCAGGUAUGUUUAUGUCAAUUCCCAACGGAACACUCUCUCAUUCACGGUAACAGCGUCGAUCGGUAAAAAUUCACUGCCAGAGGAAAAUCGGAAAGCGUUUUUAGUGUUAGAAAUCCAAUAUAAGGACUUUUAUUAACGCAGAAUUUAUUUUCCCACUUCAAACUGUUUAUUGCCGCGUGAUAAUCAAAACUCCGCAAACAACAUUAGAUAUUGAUAUACACAGAUAGAAACAAAAUGUCUUCUGAUUCGAUCGUCAUCUGUACGCUUCUUUCCUCGCUCAUACGUUUCGUCUGUUCGUAUUUUUCUGAGAUGUGCUGAGAGUGGUAAGUGCAGUUUCCACUUUCGAUAUUUUUCAUUCAGGAUUUUGAUACCUUACCUCAGAGUUGUAACCGGUCGGGAAAUACCAGACCGGUCCGGCCCGGUCCGGUCAGUCACCGGCCGGUCUAAAAAUAUUUUCAGACGGGUAAAAACCGGCGAGUUCAUCAAGUUUUUUCAAGUAAUAACUUUGAUAUUAGGGACAAACUUUUGUUCUGAAUACCUACAGAUUUUUACGCCUGUCUUUUC